AAGAAGCCUCUUAUGUUCAUCAAGGCUGCAUUUAUUUGAAGAAAAAUACAGUAAAACAGUAAUAUUGUGAAAUAAACUGAAAGAACUUAAAAGAACUGUUUUCUAUUUUAAUUUAUUCCUGUGAUGGCAAAACUGUAUUUUCAGCAUCAUUACUGCAGUCUUCAGUGUCACAUGAUCCUUCAAAAAUCAUUCUAAUAUGCUGAUUUGAUGCUCAAUAAAUAUUUUAUUAUUAUUGUUAUUAAUGUUGAAAACAGUUGUGCUGCUUAAUAUGUUUGAGGAAGCCAUGAUAGAUUUUUUUUUCAGGAUUCUUGGAUGAAUAGAAAGUUCAAAAGAACAGCGUUUACUUGAAAUAGAAAGCUUUUGUAAAAUUAUAAAUGUCUUUACUGUCACUUUUGAUCAAUUUAAUGCAAACUUGCUAAAUAUUAACACUUUACAAUAAAGUUCCAUUUGCUAACAUUGGUUAAUGAUAUUAGUUAACAUGAACUAACAAUAAAAAAGUUUUCUAAAGCAUUUAUUAAUCUUAGUUAAGAAAGCAAUAAGGUAUGAGAGGCUGUGCUGUAUCGUGAAUAAGUCACGGCUGAAGGGCGUUGUUAGGCACGACGCAAAGCGGAGCUUUUAUAAAACGGCUACCACACAAUACAAAUAUUAAAGCCAAAAAUUUGUAUUAAUGCAACUUUCAUGAAGUAAACUUUCACUAAAAGCCUUCCUUCUGCCGGAAAAAAAUAGUCCCCGACUGUGAACAGCAACAGAAGUUACAUUAUUACACCAUUAGAUGGCGGCAAAGACUGUCUUUAUGAGUGUGUCAGUCAGUAGCGAAGACUUUUACAUUGAAAAGACUGAAUUGUUGUGAACAUGGAACAAGACGCAGCUGACAAAUGCUUUGACUAGCUACUGUCAGUCACGGGAAAACCCCUUAACUGUUAAAAGGACAAGAUAUUGCAGCAGCCAUUUAAACAGAUGUUUUAUUAAGAACAUUGGACUGACCUGAAGGAAAAUGCUAAAUCUGAAUGCAGGUAAUAAACUCACUCACUCGAUCUCUUUCUCAUAAUACUCUUCUACAUAAUACAGUAAGCUUCAAUGAACAAUAUCAAUUGAGAACAUACAGUUUACGUUGCUAAGAGUGGUUGCUAAGGGUGUUGUGUAGUGAUACACAGAACCGUUGGGUGAAGCGGCCAUAGCCAUGUUUUAUCGUGAAUAAAACACAGCUAUUGACCAAUCAGAAUCAAGGACAGUAACCGUUUUAUAAUGUUAAUUUUUAUUAAUGUUAAAAUACAUUAUUAAAAUCAAAAGAUAAUUAUUUAACGGACCUGAGCUAACAUGAACUAACAAUGAACAGUUGUAUUUUUAUUAACUGACAUUAACAAAGAUUAAUAAAUACUGUAAUAAAUGUAUUGCUCAUUGUUAGUUAAUGCAUUAACUAACAUUAACUAAUGGAACCUUAUUGUAAAGUGUUACCAUAUUUAUUGCUUUAAAAAAACUAAAUUUAUACGGUACAUGUAGAUGUAUAUCCAUAUGGUAUGUGAAAAUGGAUGUACAGGAUUGAAUUUCAUUUCAUAACUUUUCAGUUGGUGGUGGGAUUUGUGACGGACAUUAUGAAUGCUGGGCUCUAGUGUCUUCAUGUUCAUUCCUGUCUCAGCUGAUUGUCCUGUAGGGGGAUAUUUUAGUCCACUCGUCUCCCUCCUGAAAUCCCAUUCUUAAACCACUCCUCUGAGAGAGGCAGCAGGCACCUUCACUCAACUGACCAAAAUAGCCCAAUGGGCAGCUCUACGCUGGUGUGCUGUCAUGAAUCCCACUCCCCACCCAAUGCCAGGUCCUGCUCUGACUUAGGGAGAGGACACUGACACACACACACAUACAUAGACACUGGAGCAAGGAAGAGUACUAGAACAGCCACUUGUGUUAACAUACUAUAAACCUUGCUGAGCAUAACUGGACUAUUUAUCACACACAUUGUGAGGAGUUGCAUAAUUUCAGUGACUACUUCAUGUGGGAAGGAGGAGAGACUACUUCAUUUAACAAGCAGUAAACGGUUGAAAAAAGUAGCGCUCUAAGAUUGUCAUCAUGAAGUUACAUGUGGCACUAUUUUUUGCUGGGCUCUUCGGUGCCUUGGCAACUCUGUUCAUUCUCUUGUCUUUUGGCACGGACUAUUGGCUCUUGGCAUCGGAGACCUGCAAUUCACAUUCAGAUGGUCCGGUUACUUUGGAGCGAGGAGAUGUUGCUGUCAACCAGGGUCAGGGCCAUUUUAGUGAAGACCAGAACAUUACUUUUCUUCAUGAGGGCUUCUUUUGGCGCUGUACCUUUAAUGACAUCAUGAAUGAUGAGAAUCUGUGGAAGUUCUGGUUUGAAAAUCAGCCACAUGCAAGAGUAUGCAAACCUGCAUAUCUUCUCCCCUUUCCUAUCCCUGAUCAGAUCUACAACACUACCAGCUACCAGACUGCCAUAAUCUACAGAGGCUUCUGGAGCGUCUCCAUGUUGGUGGGCGUGGCCGCUGUGGUGGCUGGCGGUUUCAUUAUCAUUUGCGCAGCUCCAUUUGCCAGUCAUCGCCUUUAUAAAGCAGGAGGUGGACUCUACCUCAUUUCUGGUUUCUUCCUUCUCGUUGUCACUGUGAUGUAUGUUAUCUGGAUAGAUGUUUUGGAUGUAAUUAGCUUGUAUGAGGAAUAUCAGAAUUUGAAUAAGUGCUCAGGGUUUGAGCUCAAUAUGACUUAUGGCCUCUCUUUCAUGUUUGCUCCAGUGGGCGUGUUCUUCUGUCUUCUGUCUGGUCUUCUCUUCCUAGUGAUUGGCCACACAGUCCAACAGCAUUAUGACUGAACUUAAUGAAUAGUUUGGAAACAGAAGAAUGAAAUUGUAUGUUCAACAUGCAUUAAGUGUCUGUCACUAAAGAAAGCAUGUUUGGGCUCUAAACUCCGAGGGUGCGUUGACUUUAUGACAGGCUUGGGUACAGUUAUUAUAGAUUUGAUUUGAAUUUGCCUUUAAAUUUUGCAAAUGUUGCUUCAGUAUUUAGUCAUCAUGUGUGCUGUGAGCAGUACUGUAAACAUUGAUCAUGGAUGGUUUGGGAACACUUCAUGUAUGUGUGAGUGUUUGUGUGAGUAUAGUAUUGCACAAAGCAUUAAAUUAUGUUAAAUAUUUUUAUGUUGCCUGAAAAAAAUAGUGAAACAGACUGGUGUACUUUUUUCCUGCUUCUUGAGUGUAAAUUUAUACAUUUUCCACUUUGCUCCACUUUGCGUUUUGAUUAUUUAUUUACUGGUAAAUUCUUGAGUGUUUUUUUUUUUUUCAACCCCUAAGGUUUUAAAAUAUAUAUAGACAGAUUUUGAAGCUUUGUAGAAAUACCUACCUGACCUGAAAGCUUUACGUUUUACGUUUUACUUGCACAGUUUGUUCACACACCACAGCACAUAUAUAUUUGCUUUGUAAAUAAUAUUAUGUAUUGUUAUCACAUACAAUCGACAUGUAAUAUUUCAAAAGAUUCAUUAAACUUUUAAUUUAAAAGUU